UGCGAUGUCGUAAAAAUUGCGAAGUAAUGUCGCUCUCCAUCUAUCUUGCUGCCUGCUUCGCUUCACUUGUCGGAGCUAGCUGUGAGGCUGUGCACCCUCGCCCUGCCUUAAUGGUCAAGUCUACUUGUCUUCAUCACCAACAUUGUUUUGAACCAACAGAACAAACAUUAUCAUCAUCAUCAUGCUGGAACAAACCAACUUUCUCGAUCUCCCGGUAGACAUACUGUAUCUCAUCUUCCCCUACCUGGAUGUCGCCAGCUUUGUGGCCUUGACGUCAACUUGCACGGCGCUUCAUCAAACUGACAUUGCUCAACAUGCUCCCUACUGGAGCUCGGCCGCGCGCAACACUUUCCGUGUACCAAAUCAGCCUGUCGUCGAGAAUGAUGGUCGUAGAUGGCAGAAGAUGUACCGAAGACUCAUGAAGGACUCACGUAGUUUCACCUGGGGAAACAAUGACAGAACAUGUCUCGGCCAUGGUCAACAGAUGCACAUGGGGGCACCUUUUGGCCGUGGCGGUAUAGGUCCUGCCGGACGCCGAAGACCUGCUCUGCGCGCUCGUCAACACGUGUCAUGGCCUACACAAAUGGAGAACGUGGAACCGCUGGGCAUCAUCGCUGAUAUGCAGUGCGGCGGCUGGUCCACAAUCUUACUGACUUCAAAGGGUGGCCUGUAUGGUGUCGGUGUUAUGAAUGGUAUGAUCGUCAAUCAGCCAGCAAAAUCGACGCCAACCAGACUUUGCUACCCUGCCGGCUUGCCUCACCCUAAUGAACGCUAUGAACCAGCAUCUGCUAUCAAACAGUUCUCAGCUGGCCGUUGUCAUGUUCUUGCUUUGUCGGACUCUGGAUAUAUCUGGUGCUGGAGUCACAUUAACAUGGCUGCGCUCCAAGUCAAGUUCCUGAAUGUCGAUACAGUCGUCCGCCAGUACACUUCUGCAUCAGCUCGCGGCUAUGUCAAAAAGGUCGUAGCAGGCUGGGCAAAGAGCGCUGCCCUCGUCGUCGGCACUGGUAUCGUUGUCUGGGAACCCGUGCAUCGCAACGCACGACAGUCUGAAGGUGAAGAAGAUGCUGUACUUGUCUUGGAGACCGCAAUUUGCCCUGGCACCGACUUCCAGAAGCAUGCCAGAUUAUUCGAACCGUCGGCUGCAAGUGCCGAGAUCGGCGAAGUCGAGAAUUUCAUCUGUCUCGAGCACUACGUCCUGUUCAACACGCAUCUUGGCAAGAUAUAUGCGGCAAAGAUCACCUGGAAUGCGCAAAGUAAGGCGCUGGAUGAUGUUCGAGAAUUGCCUCUUGAAGCAGACGGAGAGGUCAAAUUCGCCACGGACGUCCAAGGAUCGUUCCGAUCGUUCGCAAUCUUCGCCAAAGACGGCACUGUGUACACCGGUACUCAAGACGAUCAUUUGCAUCGUCUGUUUCAUCCUUUACCUCAAGAUGCGGCCUUCUCACUCCACCGUAUUCAUGCCUUGCAGAAGUCUCAGGUUAUCUCCAUAGCCUUUGGUGAUUACCACUUCCACGCACUGCAUGCACCAGGAUACAUUACUUCCUACGGUACUGAGCCCCAAAGCUGCGGCUGUCUUGGGCUCGGAGGUCAUGGAGACCCAGAAGGCCGGAUCCGUGGUCUUCGCUAUAACGGUAUUGGCGGAGAUGGACGUCUAGUUCCUCAUGCGAGCCUCCACGGUCGCAGGAUCUGGUUCGAGGAGGAGAAGCAGAAGUGGAUCACUUUUCUAACAAGCGGAGGUCAAGACCCUGAGGAGGCCAAAGAGCGUAUGCGUAUGCUCUCAGAGCCAAACGUCCAAGGUGAAAUCAGCGAGUGGGUCGAGCAAGAGGGCAACGCCUGGGAGGAGAAGUAUGGAGCAUCAAGCGUUACAAAGGGCGAUGAUGACUUGGGCACAUAUUUCGCACUUAGUGUCACAGCAGCUGGUUGGCACUCGGGGGCCUUGGUGCUUGUCAAUGAGGCCAAAGCAAACAAGAUCAGAGAAGCUUGCCUGGAACCAAUCGAGGAGCCCACCGACGAUAAAACUGCGGACGAGAGUGAGAGACCCACACAGGAGGAACAGAUGGACGACCGUGGGUUACUCAACCGCGCUCUCGAUUACGCAGGCGAUCUCGUACGUUGGUUCAAUGGCUCACCUCGUACAGAUCCCACAGGCCCCAAUUUCCGCGACCCAAAUGACCCAAACGCGUUCGUCAACCCCCAAAACCACGGCGCUGUUUCCGAAGGCGGCCGUCCGUAUGUCUGGGCUCAUGACUCUUUCCCUCGGUUGAGACUUGCGAAUGGUGACGAGAUGCCAGGAGAGGUGGAAUUUUCGGAAUGGAGAGCAGGUCGUCCUGAGUGGGAAGGCAAGAUCGAAGGUUAUUAGGUUAAACGAGGACAAAGGGCUGAUCGACGAUUGAUGAGUAUUGAUGAUUGAAACGAUGGGGGUCAUGAAGGACGAAAGAUGACGGGGGGUUUUACUCUUGCACCUAUGCGACAAGAGCUGCAUAAUUCUUCCCAUGACUAUGAUGAUGACCUUGACUUUGUGUUACUUCGUCUUGACCAUACGAGAUGCUUGCUCUGCCGUAAGAAGUUCACCUUGC